AUGCGCUUCUCUCUCACUGCUCUAGUUCCCUUCGCUGGGCUCGUUGUCCCAGUUCUCUCCGGCAUCGCCAAGGCUGAACACAUGGGAGGCAAGCACACCACUUGGACUUGGCCCGGUAGCAGCAAGCCAUGCCCCUCGGAUGUCCAUAAUGAUUGUCCUUGCCGGAAGGAUGUAUCAUGUAUGUUUGCUUCCACUGCUUGUCUGAAUGCGGGUUCAAGUGCCCCCCCACAGACACCUUUGAAUUCGACUGCAAGAACCUCUGCAAGACUCAUGAGAAAUGUAAUUCUUGCCGGGGAUCACAAAGAUUACUAUACUGUUCCCGGAACGCCCAGUUUUCUAGAUGUGACAUUUAGUAGAGUUUCAUAUAGGACUUUGUAUAUUUUACUAGUAGAUGAUAAUAUACUACAACGCAGGAUGAUGGGUACGGAGAUUUCUACCGCUAUCCGCUGGCAUCAUCUCAAUGACAAGAGUGCCUCCGAGCUGCCCAACGGUGAUGACGCACGGCUCCUCCAUCACGAUGGCAUUCUCGUUGAAGCAGUCAAAGAUUUCGGACGCAAAAGCCACAUUGGUCUCAUCAAGGACGAUGGUUUCCUCGCCAUUGCCUCAUUCUUCAAGCAUUGCACGGAUGGCAUCAAGAAGCGCGGAUUCGUUGAGUACCUUUUGCAACCGGAAACCGAAGACUGCUUCAUCGAGCGAAUCGUAAGAUCAAUGAGAGAAACGGAAGGGACUAAGACUCCGACACGAGAAGAUCAUAUUCUCCGCACAUACAUCUGCGUUUACCCCAGUGUGCAGGACAUGUUUAUCAUUGAAGCCCAGUCUUUCCCAGAGCCGUUGCACGAACUGGUUGCCUUAUGGUCCUGUGAUAACGUACGGGAGGUCGCUGCCAAUAAGAAGACGUGCCCCCUGAGUGACGAUGUGGGUCAGACGGCCCAGAUGGUGCUGCUGUGCUGGAAGGAAUACGAGUUAGGGGAGAAGGUCAUCAUUGCAUUUGGGUACAUAAUACGGCGAAAGAUACUACAGUGA